CGAGGGAAAAGGACGAUUUUACAUUAUUGAUUAGUUUGACUUAAUUAAUUAUCUUUUCUCAUUCUCCUCUUCCCCUUUUUCUUCGUCUUCUCAAUUUUUUCUCCUCUUUCUUCUCCUUUGCCUGCCUAUUUCUUCAGGAUAAAUGGAAAAAUGCCCUUGAUUGGAUUUGAACCAGUUUGAUAUUGUCGUGUUUUGGGUUAAAACACAUUAAUUUUGCAACAAUAAACAUUUCCCCAUUUGGGCCUCUUAAGAUUUGGUAGAUAAAUGUACAAGGAAGAAACUAGGUGAAUUCCUUCUAUGAAUUAGAAAAGAGGGUCAGAUAUAGUGAAACUAAAACAGAAAUUUUGAAUUGGGGAAUAGAACAGAGAUUGAUCACAUGGGUUAUCUGAACUCAGUAUUGUCACAGUCUACAAGCCAAGUCCACGUCGAUACUGCCCCGGUCAGCGGCGGUGGCCUUAGUCAGAAUGGAAAAUUCAGCUAUGGAUAUGCAAGUUCUCCGGGUAAAAGAUCUUCAAUGGAAGAUUUUUAUGAGACAAGGAUUGAUGGUGUUGACGGAGAGGUGGUUGGUCUCUUUGGAGUCUUUGAUGGUCACGGUGGAGCUCGAGCUGCUGAAUAUGUCAAACAAAACCUUUUCAGCAAUCUGAUAAAGCAUCCAAAAUUUAUUUCUGACACUAAAUCAGCCAUAUGCAAGUCCUUUUUUAUGCUACUCUCUUCAGCUAUAAGUUAUACUCAUAUAUACUGUUUUCAGAUUAAGCCUUUUAACUAUCUUGUUCUCAUUCCAGCGGAUGCUUACAGUCAUACAGAUUCGGAAUUCCUGAAAUCUGAGAACAAUCAGAACAAAGAUGCUGGAUCUACUGCUUCCACAGCUAUCCUUGUUGGUGAUCGGUUACUGGUGGCGAAUGUUGGAGAUUCAAGAGCCGUCGUUUGCAGGGGUGGUAAUGCUUUUGCUGUCUCUCGAGAUCAUAAACCAGACCAGACAGAAGAGAGACAACGGAUUGAAGACGCUGGUGGCUUCGUGAUGUGGGCUGGAACUUGGAGAGUCGGAGGAGUGCUUGCAGUAUCUCGUGCAUUUGGUGAUAGACAACUGAAGCAGUAUGUCGUUGCUGACCCAGAUAUUCAGGAGGAAAAGGUCGAUGACACCCUAGAGUUUCUCAUCCUUGCCAGCGAUGGGCUUUGGGACGUGGUGACAAAUGAGGAGGCUGUUUCUAUGACUAAACCGAUCCCAGAUCCCGAAGAUGCAGCCAAGAGGCUGAUGCAAGAAGCUAACCAGAGAGGAAGUGGUGAUAACAUCACCAUUGUAGUUGUCAGGUUUCUGGCUGCAAAAGUGGAAUCAUCUCAUACCACUUCCACCCAAUAAGACUUAUUUCUUCUUCUUCGUUCGAACAAAAGAAGGAAACAGCGAUAAGGAAAAGCUUGUGCACUACCACUGAACUGUAAAAGAAAUAGAUACCAGUCUUUGCUAAGACGCACUACUGAUAAAGAAUAUAUAGGCACCAAGAAUGUUUGUAACUUGAGUUCUAUAUUUCAUUUAUAUGAAAUCUGGGAUUAUUUACUAAUGACUUAGUCUGUAACGUCAGAAUUCCAACGUAUUUAACAUGAUAUGAAAUGUGUGGUGAUUUCCUUCUA